CAGAUACAAAUAAAGGUACUUAACCAAAAAAGAUCUCACAUUUUAAAAACAAAGUACAUUAUAAAUUAAUAUUAAAUUCCGAAUGAUCAGUUAAAAUGGGUCGCAAAAUACCCUCUAAAAAACAUCGUGGGGUUAAAGACCCUUUAGUACAACAAGCAAGACGCUUGCAAAGUCUAAAGGGUAAAAUUAAUGCGCCACCAAAAGAUCCAGACGAUCAACCAGUCCCAAAAUCUGUAAUAGAGCUGUUUGCCUUUCAAAAUAAAGAACAAAAGAGUAAAAAGAAGAAAAAUAAGAACUUACCAUUGAAAGAUGAUGGGAGAGUCUCCAAAGCUGGGAAAAACCCCAUAGCCCGUUUGAAGAAGCUACCGGGAGAGUCUGGGCGUGACUUCUCUCUACGCAUUAAUAGCACUAUGAGAGCAUUGCAUGAUCCAAUGGAACAACUAGAUUAUCCGCAAGACGUUGAAGUCGAUGAUACAAAAGGUGAUCGUAUGGCGGCGCUACGUGAGCGGCGACAGCGGAAACACAAAGCUGCCAUGAAAAAGGAUCCAUCUCUGAAAGAUGAGCCAAAGAUUACCCGAACUCAGAAACUUACUUUAAAAAAGCAAGCUAAGAAAUUAAAAAUUGCUGAGGAGUCCGCGCGACCGGACGUGCAGUACGAGCGCGUGCAGUUCGGCGACCUGGCGCACGCGCCGCCCGCGCUCAGCGCGCCGCGACGGGCGCCGCCACCCGCCAGGGCGGGGCGACGUGACCUGCUGCUGACGUCGAUGCUGGCAGGCGGUGCGGGCGGCGCGGGCGGCGCGGGGGACGCGGCCGAGCUGGAGCGGCGCGAGCGCGUGCGCGUCGACGUGGUGGCGGCCUACCGCGCGCUCAAGAAGCAGCGCCGCCUGGAGGAGGCCGCCGGCCGGAAGACGCGCCCACAAGAGCGGGCGCGGCGAACGUGACAUUAGUGGGUGAACUGAGCACUGAGCAUCGUAUGAGAUCAUACUUCAUAGAGACAAAGCUUCUGAACAGCGCACAAAGUUAUGUUGUUCUAGUAAAGUUAUAUAUAUAUCGAUAAUUAUACAUAUCUUUAUUUGAUAUUUCUAUAUCGAUUAAGCGUCAGUCGUGAAGUGUUCUUCCUGAGUUCGCCACCUGAAUGUCCGGUUCUGAGACUGAAAAUCCGGUUUUGUCAAUAUGCGACUUGUGUGUGAAUACGCACUACGCGACACGCACGCAGGGUGCGGUUGCAUAGUGCGUACAUACUGCCGCAUUAUGUUUGUGUAAUAUAACUUGUUGCGUAGUUCUAUAAAUAUUUUUUAAUACUAUAUUAUUAAAAACUAUAUGAUUUACAUACUAUUGUUUUUCUAAGCUUUGUCAAUGUGGAGUUACUCAAGUGCAGAGAACUGUGGUGACAAGAUGUGGUGUUAUCGAAUGUUGAUUAUGUACAUAUUGUAAGUUUUUUGAAUAAAUGAUUAAAACAUAA